GUAAUGUUGUUAGUAUUAUGCGGGUGUAUUAUACCUAUGUCGAAUGAAAGUGAAUGAAGGCAUUUUUCUAAGACUUGUAAUUUUUUUUCGAGUAGUUUUGAGGUGAUUUUUGACGAGUUUUGGAUUAUAAUUUGUUUGCUGAUUUUCAAAAUGAAAUACUUAAAGCCAAAAAUUUAUAGCUUUUGGACUGCGCUACUCUUAUGGAUUGCGAAGCAGCCCUUUUGCUAUUGCACGGAAGAAUAUCAAAGAGAAAUAUUUCUUACACCUCGUAACUUUAAUCCACACCCAUUUGAACAUCAGUUAGCAAAAACUCAGGAUCCAGGGCCAGUUUUGUUUCCCACUAAUCCAGAGGAUGAACAACCUUCUGCAGUUAACAAUAAUAAAUAUAAUAUUGUCACCCUCAAUGACCCUAGCCCAAACCUUGUUGAUAACACUUAUCAAAGAGUCACUCAGAAGAUCAAAUAUCUUUUAAAUAAAAAGUAUGGAAGUAGGGAAAACCAGAUAGACACACAAUUAUUAAAUGCGUUAUCUCAACAAGGAGCAAAAGUAUUAACUUACCCUAAUCAGGAAAUUACCCGAAACUCUUUACAAAAGAAAAAUUAUGCGUUUGCCUACAAAGUGCUAGACAAGGCCACUGGAGAUGACUUUUCACAUCAGCAGUUCAGGAGUUCGAAAGCAACAAACGGAGAGUAUCGGGUAAAACUUCCUGAUGGCAGAUUGCAAAUUGUUUCCUAUAAGGCAGAUAAAAAUGGAUAUAAAGCUGACGUUAGAUAUGAAGUCGAUCCAGAAGGUUUAUCUCAGGAACAUUACCAUAAUCCUACCGCACAGCAAUACGUACCACAAUCAGUGCUACCCACUCAAAUCCCAGUUAGACAAAUUGUAACCAAGGGACGCUUAAGUUCUGUUAAUAGUUACGAAUACGCAGCUGAGAAACAUGAAGAGCAACUUAUCAAUCCACUAAAUAACCAGGAUGUGGUGGUAUUAGAACAAGGUGGCCCAACAGAAAUACCAGUAAAAUACAUAGAUAUUUCACUGUCGCAAACACCAAGACCCCAAUACGUUUAUAGUGGCAGUUUGGAUCAUCGUUUUCAGGGACGUCAAUUUCCGAAUGUCCAACACUAUACGAAAGAUUAUGUCCAUCCUGGAUAUGAAUCGACAACGGCAUCGACACCUGUUUACAGAAAGCCAAUAAUUCGGUAUACAUCAACCGCUGUGCCACCAACAGUGAAGGCUCAUAUUUUACAUAAUGGUGAUAAUGGAUUGUACCAUAUACCAAUUUCUAGUACAUACGCACCACCUGCUGCAUUUCCAGGUCAUAAAAAUGUCGUAAAUACUCUUAAACAAAGUCCGAAUGAUGAAUUAAGACAAACACUGGAGCAGGAAAAUGAUCUUCCAGAAGGUAUAUACAUUGUCGGGAAAAAAGGGAAACGAUGAAUUUAAUAAUUACUAUAGGUUACUUUUUUUAAUUUAGAUUUUUAAUGAAGCCCUUUGUAAAUAUUGUUUUAAAACAAUUUAUUUUGUUAGUUUGGAUUUGUUUAAAAUAUAUAUUUAUAUAUUG